AUGUCGCUGUCAGAGGGUUCUUUGCCAGCUAGAGAAGACGGUCUUGUUAGUCGAAAGGCCUGUGUUCCGAGUGCUUCUUUCUUUUGCGAAAAGAUUUAUAAUGUAUCCAUCCAAAACUGUGGGAAAUACAACGUUUACUAUUUACCAAGACCAACAGCAUGUCCAGAGGCUUACUGUUUUGACAAAGAACCAUGCAACACAGCAAAGAUAAUUCCCUAUGAACCUCUACGACGUACUGUUUAUAAAACACUCAGAGACGAAACCCCAAUCUGUGAUAAAUAUAAUAUUCGUAAAGAAGGAGAGUGGUUUAGAACAUCAAAUGAAAUGGUCAACAACAGCACUCAAGCUUCCGAUUGUGGAACAAUUCAUGGAAUUUGGAUAAAAGGCAAUCCUCCUGAUGUCAACGAUGGAAUAGUUUACAGAACAGCCUGCGUCCCCAAAAACAACACAGCUUGUUCAAAGACCUAUCAAAUAAAAGCGAAAAACUGUGGAAACUACAGUGUAUUUUUUCUACGCCGCCCAACAUCAUGUCCUGAAGCUUAUUGUUUUGGAUAUGGAGAACCGGAUAAGAUGACCCGACCAACAACCUGUACUAUAGGAAUAAGACUCCUUCCUAACGAACCUGCCCAAAGAUAA